AUGCCUCCUCUCUGCCGUGUUCGUUUCCCAUUCUUCUCCCUCUGCCUCUGUCCCUCAACGCGUAUCCCCCGUUCUCCCAUGCAGGCCCCUUCUCACCGACCCACAGCAGCAGACGUCCUCGCCUCGCCUCUCCUCCACCAACGCGCCUCUGCCUUCCUGCACGCCUGCCUGCACGCCAGUGAACAUGCCCUUGAGAGUGCCCCUCUGAACGACUUAGGGAAUGCCGCCACUGUUGGUGGUGCCGCUGCUGUGGCAAGGGCAGUGGCGAUGCAGCGGGCAGUAAGAGAGCAGAUGGGGCGACUGGGGAUUGUGACAGCCCCAUGUGCUAGCAUCAACUCGCGUAUGGCUUGCAGUGGCAGCAGCAGCAGCAGCAGCAGUGGCGGCAGCGAUCCUGCUGCUGCUGACGAUGAUUUGCAAGCUGGUGAGCGGACAGGGGGACUGGCUGCUGUGCAAGAUGCUGGUUCUGAGGGAGGCACAUCCUGUGCAGGUAUACCUGGGUCAGGGCUAUCUGCCACACGAGCAUGUAAGGCAUGUGACAUGCCAUCGUUGGGUAUGGCUGGUGGGGAGGAGGAAGAGGAAGAGGAAGAGGAAGGGGUGGAGGAGGAAGAAGGGGGUGGGGAGGAGUGUGUGAUGGUUGAGGAGGAAGGGGCAGGGAGAGCGGAGGAAGAAGAGGAGGUAAUACAGGAGGCUCAAGGGAUAGACCAUGUGGAAGGGGAGGAGGAGGAGGAGGAGGAGGAGGAGGAGGAGGAGGAGGAGGAGGAGGAGGAGGAGGAGGAGGAGGAGGAGGAACAACGCGAGUGGGAGGAUGAGGACGAGUGGGGGUGGUGGGGGUUGGGAAAAGAGGACGAGCAAGAGGGAGAGGAGACGGAUGAGGCGGAGUGGAGGCGAAUGGAGGAGGAGGAUGAGGGUCGGCGGGAGUGGGAGCGAGAGCAGGAGUUGAGAGAGGAGUUUGUGCGAGAGAAGGAGGAGGAAGAGAAUGAAUGGGGGGAGGAGAGACGGAAUGAGGAGCAUGUAAAAGAUGGUGGGUGGGAGGAGAGAGAGAAUGGGUGGGAUGAGAGGGAGGAUAAAUGGGGAGGGGAAGAAGAGCGAGAAGGGCAUGGGACAGGACAAGUUACCUGUUGGAGUAUGACGAGUCACCUGUUGGAUCCAGGUCGAAACUUUAUACGUAUGCGAGAAGAGCAUGGGACAGGUGGUGGUUGGGAGAAGGGAGAGGUUGGGUGGAGAGAAGGAGAGAAUGAGGAGGUGGAACGAGAUAAUAAGUGGGAGGAGGGAGAGAUUAGGUGGGGAGAGGGAGAGGAUGGGCGGGAAGGGGAAGAGAGGCGAGAAGAGCACAAGACAGGUGGUGGAUGGGAGGAGAAUGGGUGGGAAGAAGGAGAGGAGGAGGAGGCGGAACGAGAUGAUGGAUGGGAGGAAGGAGAGGUUAGGUGGGGAGAGGGAGAGGAUGGGUGGGAAGGGGAAGAAGAGCGGGAAGAGCAUGGGACAGAUGGUUGGGAGCAGGGAGAGGAUGGGUGGAGAGGAGUUAACGAGAGGAUGGAACGAGAUGAUGAAUGGGAGGAAGGAGAGAUUAGGUUGAGAGAUGGAGAGGAUGGGCGGGAAGGUGGAGGAGAGCGGGAGGAGUGCGAUAGAGGUGAUGGAUGGGAGGACGGAAGGACUGGAGACAAGCCUGUGGGAGCUGCUGCUUGCAUGAAGGAGAACCUGGAGAGGAUUCAGGAGCUGCUGCUGCACGUGCUGGGAGUGAAGGAGGUGCCGCAGGUCGCAAAGAGGCAGGAGCUGCUGCUGCACGUGCCGGGAGUGAAGGAUGUGCCGCAGGUCGCAAAGAGGCAGGAGCUGCUGCUGCACGUGCCGGGAGUGAAGGAGGUGCCGCAGGUCGCAAAGAGGCAGGAGCUGCUGCUGCACGUGCCGGGAGUGAAGGAGGUGCUGCGGCUGACAUCUGAGUCGACUCAAAAGUCACGAAUGCUGGAAUGGUGUGACGUGCCUCUCAGCGACCAGCCUGUGCCAGCUGCUGCUUGCAUGCAGGCGAACCUGGCGAGGAUUCAGGAGCUGCUGCAGGUGGGGGGGCCGAAGGAGGGGAAGAGGCCGGAGGUGGUGCAGGUGCAAGGGGGAAAAGAGCCGUCAAAAAUGGCGACGAGGCAGGAGGUGGGGAAGGAGGGCGAGAUGUGGGAUAUGCACUCCGAGACAGGUCAUACCACACCUGAUAAGGCUGUGCCGGGUUAUGCUGCAGCUGGUGAGGUGGCAGCAGGUGACGUCAUGUCUGAGAGGGUUCGGAAGCUUCUGCAGAAGCUGCGGGAACUGAAGGAGAUGGCUGGCGUGCCAAGGAAGCAGGUGGCACACACGAUGCAAUCACUGAAGGAGGGAGCGAAGCAAGGUGGAAAGCCGGACGGAAGUUUCCAGGCGCAGGAGUCACAGGAGUUGCAGAAAGUGCGGGGGGCAGUGAGGACACCGGAGGCACUGCAGGCCCUGCUCCGGCUGCACAAGCUGAAGGAGGGAGCAGCGGAGUGCAGGAAGGCUGGUAGGAGCUCCCCCUCACAAGAGGCUGCUGGCUGCUGCGCUGCUUGUUCACUGGCCAAGGAGCCCGGGCAGGCGCAGGGCAGGCAUGGGGAGGACUGUGGGGAGGACUGUGGAGUGGGGUAUGGAGAUGACUGCGCAGUGGGGGCCGAACAUUCCUAUGGAGAUGCGCCUGGGGCGGGCUGGAGUGAUGGCUGCGGAGUGGGGUGUGGAGGUGAUGGUUUGGGCCAGACGUGCGGUUGGAGUGAUGGCUUGGAUGGCAUGGGGAGUUGGCACGGAGGGGUGGGGGAAGACGUGGGUCUGACUGAAGGGGAGGAGUGUUUGGAAGGGGAGUGGUAUGUAGAAGGAGAGGGGUAUGGUGAAGGAGAGGGGUAUGGUGAAGGAGAGGGGUAUGGUGAAGGAGAGGGGUAUGGUGAAGGAGAGGGGUAUGGUGAAGGAGAGGGGUAUGGUGAAGGACAGGGGUAUGGUGAAGGACAGGGGUAUGGUGAAGGAGAGGGGUAUGGUGAAGGAGAGGGGUAUGGUGAAGGAGAGGGGUAUGGUGAAGGAGAGGGGUAUGGUGAAGGACAGGGGUAUGGUGAAGGACAGGGGUAUGGUGAAGGACAGGGGUAUGGUGAAGGAGAGGGGUAUGGUGAAGGACAGGGGUAUGCAGAAGAAAAUGAUGAGGAGAUUUCAGAAGGAGAGGGAUGCAUGGAGGUCAAGGGGUGUUCAGACGGGGAGACGAAGUGGAAGCAGAGCGGUUCAUUCAUGGCGGUGCAUUGUGCGGACGGGGCGAGGUGGGAAGCGGGGCGCAUGAGGCAAGAGGAGCGGCGUUGGGAGGCAUGCUGGAGCGGGUGGGCGCGCUCCUCAGGAGAGCCUGUGGGGGUGCCUGUGAGGGUGCCUGUGAGGGUGCCUGUGGGGGUGCCUGUGGGGGUGCCUGUGGGGGUGCCUGUGGGGGUGCCUGUGGGGGUGCCUGUGGGGGUGCCUGUGGGGGUGCCUGUGGGGGUGCCUGUGGGGGUGCCUGUGGGGGUGCCUGUGGGGGUGCCUGUGGGGGUGCCUGUGGGGGUGCCUGUGGGGGUGCCUGUGGGGGUGCCUGUGGGGGUGCCUGUGGGGGUGCCUGUGGGGGUGCCUGUGGGCCGAGCCAUUGCGUGCUCUCCCAGGGUGGCUUUAAAGAUUCUCACAAGAGAAGCUGCAGGGCCGCUGACGUGGCCUGUUCACGUGGCGUGGCAGCUGUCAGUCCAUAUGGACACGUGGCAUGUUCCCUGGCCUCUUGGAGAAGGGACAGCUGGCAAUGCAGCUGCUAUGGGAGCAGCACUAGUCAUGCCCACAAAAACGGAUGCAUCACCAGCAGAUGCUAUGUCAGGAGCGGAUGCCAUGUCAGCAACGGCUGCCACGUCAGCAGCAGAUGCCUGUUUCAAGCAAAUGGGCACCUGUGGGUCUGGUGGCUCUGACAAGGGCGACCGGCAUUCACGGGCCAGCCCGUGGCGGCUUCCCUCUGAUGCUUUUGGCUCUUCUGGUGGGGAGGUGGCUUUUGAGUCAACUCAAAAGCACUCUGCAUCCUGUGCUGAUAACACGUGUGGUUCUGCUGGCACUGAGGACGGCGACAGGCAUUCACGGGCCAGCCCGUGGCGGCUUCCCUCUGAUGCUUCUGGCUCUGCUGGUGGGGAGUCGACUCAAAAGGAGGAGGAGGAGGGCGCUUUUGAGUCGACUUGUAAGGAGGAGGAGGGCGCUUUUGAGUCGACUUGUAAGGAGGAGGAGGGCGCUUUUGAGUCGACUUGUAAGGAGGAGGAGGGCGCUUUUGAGUCGACUUGUAAGGAGGAGGAGGGCGCUUUUGAGUCGACUUGUAAGGAGGAGGAGGGCGUGAUAGGGGCUCAUAUUCACACCUGCAUGCAGGAACACGCGAGAGGCGGACGACAGACGCAGGAAUGGGCGGGGGGCGAGAGGAGGAGGUGGAGUACUGGGGGGCAGACUCGUUAUGAUGACAUUCACCGGCGCCCACUGCUGGGUGGGACGGACUACAGUAGUGAAACCGGGGAGCUCAAUAGCGAGGAUGAGGAGUCGGACUACGAGGUGGUGCGCCAGGUGGCGAUGUAUGAGUGGCUGCGUGCAUCUUCACAGCAAGCAGCAACUCUCGAAGCAGCAUGUGUCCCCACUCCUCCCAGCAACCCCUUCCCCCACCAGCAGCAUGCCAGCAGCAGCAGCAGCAGCAGCAGCAGCAGCAGCUGCAGCUGUCUGUCUGACAGCCAGGCUGGCACGUGGAUGGGACAAAGCAGCAGUCAUGUGAGUGUGGGGGCUAGAGGGGAUGGCUGUGCUAAGGUGUGGCUGAGAAGCGGCAGUGGGACCUUCCCGAUGAGCCAGGCUGUAGUGAGAGGUACUCAUGCUGGCAUGCACAAGGGUCGUCGACCGAGCUCAGAGCCGGGUCGAAGCAAGGGUUUCAGGGGGCACAAGGCACUGCCUGGUUCCACCAGGUUCAUGUGUGAAGCAGAAGCUAAUCGGCAGGGCAUGGCUGCUGCGGUUGCACUGGCAACACCUGUCGUUGCACCGGCAGCACCAGCAGGAGCAGGGGUAAUGGCCGUAGCAGAAAGUGCGCUCGAAGGGACAAAGAAGGCAAUUGCAACGGAAGGGGCAACAGCCCGUCUCGUCAGUCCAUUGCAGGAGAGGAAUGCGGUGACUACAGAGCCACCCUCGUUACAGAGUUCCCCAGUAAGAGGUUCAGAUGGGGAUGUGGCUGGAACAGGAGGCUGCUUGGUGCAUGAGUGGUAUGAAGCAGUGAAGAGUGGUGAUGAGAGUGACCAAUCGCUCGUCGCAACACAAUCCCCGGCGACCACACCCGACGCUCACUCUCAACCAGCAGCUCUCCACGCUCCUCCGCCGCAUCUCACCGCCUCACACUCCUCCUCCAGACGGCGACCCAUCCAGAUCGUCGCUCUCAGCAGCAGCAGCAGCCAUAACCGGAGCCGAUCAGUCCCCUUCGGAGACUCCGGAUGGCUUAGGAAAGCCGCUUUAACCGGCGCGGGUCUAGCAGCCGGCAGCGGCAUUGGCUGCGUCUUAAUGCGUCAAGAUGGUCUUGAUAUUCUUAACACGGAGCCAGCGGACAUGCGGGGGUUGAGAACUCCGCGUUCUCCCCGCAUCCCCAGGCUGCGCGCGGGCACGCGCGUGGCGGUGGACAAGCUGAGCACGACGAAGCGGUACCGCGUGGCGGACGUUGACCUGGUUGACCAGCGCAGCGACCGCGUCAUUCCCAAGGCGGACGGGUUCUACGAGAUGGUGUCGGUGGGCAAGGGCACCGUGUGCACGCGCGCGCAGCUCGAGGCCGAGGUGGCCAACAUGGCGUCGAGUGGAAUGUUCCAGAUGGUGGAGGCCGACACUGUUGCCAAUCCGGACGGGUCCAUAAAGCUGGAGGUGAAGGUUCUUGAAGCGCAGUGGCAGGCGGCGAAGACGGUGCGGUGUGUGAACAUGGGGCUCGUGCAGCCGGACGCCUCAGGGCAGGAGGCGUCGGAGGACGCGGCGAAGCAGGAGGCUGCGUACGCGGAGCGGCUGAGGCAGGCGCGGCAGUGCCUGCUGCCGCGCAAGGUGGAGAACGAGCUGAGCGCCAUGGUGCAGCGCGAGGGCCGCCUCACUGCCCGCAUGCUGCAGAAGAUCCGGGAUCGUAUCCUCAAGUGGUACCACGACAAGGGCUACGCCUGUGCCAAUGUGAUCAACUUCGGCAAUCUGAACACGCCUGACAUCGUGUGCGAGGUGGUGGAGGGCGAUGUGACGGGCGUGGAGGUGCAGUUUCUCGACAAGAUGGGGCAGCGCUGCGAAGGCAUCACUGACGAGCGCGUUGUGAUGCGAGAACUGCCCAUUGAGAUCAAGCCGGGCAACGUGUUCAACAUCGAGGCGGGGCGCAAGGCGCUGCAGAGCAUCUCGUCGCUGCAGCUGUUCGCCAACAUGGAGGUCAACCCGCGCCCCGAUGACCAGCUGGAGGGCGGCAUCGUGAUGGAGGUGAAGGUCCGCGAGCAGGAGCCCACGUCCGCUGAGGUGCAGACGGAGUGGAGCAUCCAGCCUGGGGAUACCGGCAAACCCACGGUGUCCAUCCUGCCAGGUGGCAGCGUGUCAUUCGAGCAUCGCAACAUCAACGGCCUCAAUCGCUCCGUCACCGGCUCUGUCAGCGCCGGCAACCUGCUCUCGCCGCAGGACGAUCUGGUGUUCAAGCUGGAGUACGUGCAUCCGUACAUCGACGGGGUGGACGACACGAGCCGCAACAGAGUGGGGCGAGUGACGUGCUUCAACCACCGCAAGGUGUCGGCCGUCUUCACGGGCGGGCCGUCUCUUGACGAGGUGCCGGCCAUUUGGGUGGACCGUGCCGGCAUCAAGGCCACUGUUAGUGAGAACUUCACCCGUCAGAGCCGCAUCACCUAUGGCGCAGUGAUAGAGGAGGUGACAACGCGCGAUGAGAACACGAGCAUCUGCACACACGGCUUCAAGAUGCUGCCCUCCGGCCUGCCCACGCCCGACGGCCCGCCCACCACGCUCAGUGGCACCGGUGUUGACCGCGUGGCAUUCCUUCAGGCAAACGUGACGCGUGAUAACACCAACUUUGUCAACGGCACGCCUGUUGGCGACCGUACCAUUUUCCAGGUGGACCAGGGUCUGGGCAUCGGUUCGGCCUUCCCCUUUUUCAACCGGCAUCAGCUGACGCACACGCGCUUCAUGCAGCUGAGUGAGGAGGACGUGGACCAUGCGGACCGCCCGCCCAUGGUGGGGGUGCUGCACGCGCGCUACGGGGGGUGCAUGGGCGACCUGCCGUCGUAUGAAGCGUAUGCGCUGGGCGGGCCUUAUUCCGUCCGCGGGUACAACAUGGGCGAGAUUGGAGCUGCCAGGCGCUUCCUUGAGCUUGCGGGUGAGAUCAGGGUCCCAGUCAAGACCACCCAUGCCUAUGCCUUUGCUGAGAUGGCCUCUGACCUUGGCAGCUCCGGUAUGGUUUCUGGUAACCCUACUGAGUUCUUCCGCCGAGCCGGCUUCGGAGCCUCGGUGGGUGCUGGUGUCAGGCUCGGCACCGUGCGUGCGGAGUACGCUCGGGAUUGCAACAUGGGCACUGGCUCAUGGUUUGUCCGGUUCGGCGAGAGGUUCUAA